AUCCAACACCUCUACCGCUUCUCACUUGUGAACUUCACGGACACGCCUGCAUUGCCUAUAAGUGAAAUCGGCGACCUUUAAUCCUCCACCUGACUCUUAGAGCUACACACUACUUACUUUCGCUAUCCUACUAUUACCUCACCUCCGCUCUCGAAACCGCCCACACUUACUUUGCCUUACCAACAACCCGCAGUUGGUGACUGUUUGAUUCUUAGCUACAGCGGACGAAGCUAGAUAAUCACCUGCUGCUCCUUUCACCUACUUGGCUAUAAAAUGAGCGCCGCGGACAUCCUUCAACUCCGGUAGUUCAUUGCGAAGCAGCAACGACAGGAAGGCUCGCAUCGCUUGCCUGACCCUCAGCUCUACUCCGGCCGACGAGAUCUGCAAGCAUGGCGGAAAUCAUUGACAAGAUAGAACAAAUAAAACGCUUUCCUGCGGACCUCCACCUCUUCUGCCCCCGAAAUGCCCGCGAUGAGGCAGGAGUAUACUACGAGGAGGACAUUGCUGGGAGUAAACAGAACUUUGAUGAGGCGGAGAGGGUGCGUCGGACUGCGAAAAUCAAGAAAGCCGAAGAGCGGAAGUGGCUUGUCCUGGAUGCACUUCAAAUAUUGGCCUUCAAUGGCCCAGAUGCCGAGCCAUAUCAUGAAGAGAUACAAAAGCGAUUGAGGGACCAGUUGACCAACUGUGAUGUCUGCGUCCGCAUCUUCCACAAAUCGCGGGGCGAGCUUAAGUUCAGGCUUGCGGAACGGUUCGAAGACGACGAUGUUGAGAGCUUCCUGGAAAAGCUCGAUCAGAUCAGCAUUCAGCGAAUAGUCCAAGGCCUGGAGACCGCAAAAUCUAGUUUGUUGCGUGCGGAACCAGAUAAACGCGGCAUCGAUGUCUUGACUAAUAAAGGCAUAUAUGCCUUCUUCGAGACUCUGAGCUGUGCUGCUAUGCUGGAAAACGACGAACUCUUAGAGAAACAUUUCGACAAACCCUUUGAGCUCGUACAAACCAAGAGGCGUGUCAGACUCAACACAUAUGUUCCGGCUAUGACAAGAUUUCUAUUCACCGCAAACACAGUUCGCCAAGAUUGGGCCUUGUUUUCUUGGACGAAGCUGAAGAGAGUUCUCACGAGGACUGAGUUUGACUGGGCGGUCAGUAGGUAUCUGCAAGACGCAAUGGGACGCGUGCAGAUGAACGCAUUGGAAAUAGAUCUUGUCCCCGCGUUCUGGACGGGCGCGAGAUUCAUCGUAGCGAGGCUGGAUAAAGAUCUCAUUACGCAUGGGCUACGUGCUCUCGAGUAUAAAUUCUACACACUCUGCUUAGACCAUCUAUCGCUGGAUUCUUCGCACUUCAACGACCUGCAGCACACAAUUGAGCUCUUGUUGCAGAAGUCUCCGGCAGACUUCUGGGAUGCAAUGGGCGCCAUCUCGGAAGUCGUAGUUGUGGAACAGAUAUUCGGGAGCCCAGCACUACGAAAAAUCCUGAUGGGAUUCACAGGUGAUGACAUGAGUGGGCUUGAAGAGCUCGAAGAAUCCUUCUCAUGGGUAAUGCCACUCCUCGAUUCCAUAAAACCAUCGAACAUUGCCCCCGUCUGUCGUGCGCUGGCCCAUCAAUUCUUCGGUCGUCUUCAGGGCGAAAAGUUCUCUUGGGCAUGCCGGGCAUCUUGCUUCAAACUCGGGCUUGAGGUUCUUGACUACACUUUAAGGAAGCUUUGCAAUCCUAGUGCCCCUUUCGUCGGUCAGGUUAUCGUCGCUGAUGUUUUCGAAAUGUUAGCGACUCACAUCGACAAGAUAAUAUCAGGCAUCAAGCAGGUAGAAGGCGUAAAGGCACCAUCAGGUGAGGUGAGAUUGGGUCUUUCAGUCAUACAGCAUGCAUUCAAUUUGGAAUGUAUCUCGCUGGAGAAUGAAAGAGAGGCUAUCAUCAACAAACAACCGGCACCUACCGGGCCAAGCAAAGCAACCCCGAUAUGGAAGGCCAUUAUCAAAGCUAUCGACGUUGAGAACAUGGACCUGGCCAUCCGGCUGUUGAUCGGGGGAAAAUCGCUCGUCGGGCUAGAGAAAUUUUUCAGGAGGCAAAAAGAAGGACAAGUCCAAGUGCUUUCAUCAGCCUUGAGACAUUUCAAUAAUCGCUUCGAUGAUGCCUCAGAAACGAUUACUGCUGCUGUCGAGCGACUCAGCGAAUUUGACCCUGAGAAGUUGGACGGCCUCUUCGAAAAUCCGGUUUCUGCGUCGGCCGUCAUCCCCACAAUCUUCUCCUCACAGCCUGACACACGUGAAGCGACCCUGGAGCUACUCAAGAUCGUAAGCUCCAUGGAUGAAAGAAGAGAUGCCAUUAAACAUUUGCUUCUAGCCUUUUUUACCAAUUCCAUUACCAGCUUUGCCACAUCUCUUCGACGUAUUUUCCGGAAAAGGGUAUUUGCUCCAGCAUCCAGCAUGUUGAAAGCAUGCCGCGACAUCAUCGAGGUUCUUUGCAAUGAUCAAGAUGGCAUUCUCCGUAGCCGCAAACUAUCGGAGUCGGAGGCCAGGAUAACCACGACGCUCUGGGAGAAUAUGUGGUUGGCCGUGGCAAUUAUCUUCAGGACCACGGAAGAUUGGAGUAACAUGGGAUACAACAAAGAGGAAAUGAAGGAGUUUUGCCGGGACACUAUGCAAUUUGCCGACCAAUUGUUUGGCCAAUGUAGUAUAUUCGCUUCUGCACUUAGAUCCGCCAAGCCUUCUUCUAAAGACGACAGCCACCGAUUUAACCCAGAAAAGGAGCUACUGGAGCAUCCCGCUAAAACGGUAAAAUCAAUUGCCAAGUGGCUGCGGCUGCGUGACGACUGGCUUAGCACAAUCUCCGUGUCUCUCAUCAGCAAACUACUUACUCGACUAAAGAAGGUCUCUAUCGAAGUAGAUGAUCCAGCUGUGCUCUACGUGGAGAGCGUGCUCGACGGGUCUACCAGAGCAAAGUUGAGCGAUAUCAGCAAGGCGGAGCUGGAGCAAGCGUUUGAGACGUACAUAGGGCGUUCGACCAAGAAGACUGAAGAGGCCAUGAUCGUCCAGAAACAGGCGCAACUAAGCAGCUGGCUUACCACUGGUCUCACCAAGCCAGAAUCCAAACCGCGGUCUAUCAACGAGGAGCAUGCAAGGCUGAUUGCCGAUAGCACUCGCGGUGCAGAAGCUUUCAAAGCCCGGCAAGCUUCAAAAACGGCUGCCACUCUCAAAGCCGCUGAGAAGAAAGCAGCGAGCAAAGCUGCUGAGCAAUCCGAGUUCAAGCGCAAACGAGAAGCCGAAAAAGAGGCAAAGAAGAAGAGGGAUGCGCUCGCUGUAGCACAAGCUAAAAAGAAUAUCAGAGGCUAUUCAGAUCACACCGCCGAAGCGGGAUCUGGGCUGGACGGCAUUGGCGUGUUGGGCAAAGACCAUGCUGCUAAGGGAGAGGGUAUGAUGGUGUCGUCAGAUGAGAGUGAUAGUGAUGAUUCUCUUGAUGCUGAGCUCUUUGGGCUCGGUGAUAAGAAGAAGAAGAAGAAGAAGGCUGCAGGGGACACCGCCACCAAGACGAAUAUUACGACUGUUCCAGUGCCACAAGGACCAGUAAAGAAGAGGAGGGUUAUUCGGUCAAUUAAGGAUAUGCGAGCCCGGCUUGCUCCAGAUCUAACGCCUUUGCACAAGGUCAUACUAGCCUGGGACUAUUACCAUGACGGACAUUACCCACCCAAGUCCCGGCCAGACAUGUACUCUGAAGUACCGAACUCAUUCCGCACUCCCGUGGAUUAUCAACGAACGUUCGAACCUCUUCUCACCCUGGAAGCAUGGCAAGGGUUUGUCAAGACACGCGAAGAGAACAAUAUCAAGAUGUACGAGAUCAAAGUCGUGGCACGUUCGAGCGUCGACAUGUUCCAAGAAGUUAGUAGUACCAUGACUCACAUGGAUAACAAGGACCUCAAUCUCUCAGAGGGCGACAUUGUUCUAUUGCACAGAUCGAUAGUGUCUACGGGAAACCAAGACAUGACCGAAUCUGCAAAAGACCCUCAUUGCCUAGCCAGAGUCUUCCGAAUCACGAGGAAAAAGGAACAUCUUGAGGUUGUGUAUCGCGUCAUGCCCGGGAACCCGCUACAGAAUGCUCUGGUACCGAAAGGCACGGUUUUUGGCGCCAAGUUGCAAUCGAUUACGCCUCUCGAACGUGAGUAUGGUGCUCUGCUGGGCCUGGAAUACUACGACCUUUGUGACGAGAUCAUCAAAGCAAAGCCUUCGCCGCUACUCAAAUACAGCGACAAAACGCUGGAGCCACUCAUCACGAAUUACAAUGUCAACAAGGCACAAGCAAAAGCUAUCAAGUCUGCUAUCGACAAUGAUGCCUUCACUUUGAUCCAAGGUCCUCCAGGUUCUGGAAAAACCAAGACGAUCGUCGCCAUCGUUGGAGCAAUUCUGACCGAUAGCCUUCGGCAGCAAGGAACCACGAUUCCCCUUCCGAAGGUUAGCGGUGGCUAUGGUCAGAGGGCGCCAGAGACAGCACCUAAGAAGUUGAUGGUCUGUGCCCCUAGUAAUGCAGCUGUUGACGAAUUGGUGAUGCGUUUCAAGGAUGGCAUCAAAACUCUCAGCGGGCAGACUCGCAAGGUCAACAUCGUGAGGUUGGGUCGCAGCGAUGCUAUCAAUGCCAAUGUUGUCGACGUGACGCUUGAGGCACUCGUCAACAAGAAACUCAAUCUGAAUUCGUCCAAUGGAACAAAUGACAGGGAAAAGACGCAAAAGCUCUUCCAGGAACACCAAGCCAUAUCAGAACAGUUACGUCAAGUCCGUGAACAGCUGGAUGCUGGCUUGGCCAAGGGAGAUGAUGCUGUAAAGCUCAAGGACGACUUCAAUGCUCUCCGCCGACGCAAAACACAGCUCGGGACGCAGAUCGACAACACAAAGGACAACGAGAAGCUUGAGUUCCGUGAAAAAGAAUUGAAUCGACGUCGCGCCCAGCAGCAAAUUCUGGACUGUGCUGACAUCAUUUGCGCCACACUUAGCGGUAGUGGUCAUGACAUGUUCCAGAAUCUCAACAUCGAGUUCGAAACCGUUGUCGUCGAUGAAGCAGCUCAGUGUGUUGAGAUGAGUGCGCUCAUCCCCCUCAAAUACGGCUGUGCGAAGUGUAUUCUGGUCGGGGAUCCUAAGCAGCUCCCUCCUACCGUCUUCUCGGCCGAAGCCAAACGUUUUCAGUACGAGCAGAGCUUGUUCGUUCGUAUGCAAGGCAAUCAUCAGGACGACGUUCAUCUACUCGACACUCAAUACCGUAUGCAUCCCGAAAUUAGCCUGUUCCCGAGCCAGACCUUCUAUGAUGGGAGACUGCUCGACGGCGACAACAUGGCCGGCCUCCGACAGCGCCCGUGGCACAGCAGCAGUUUGCUCGCGCCCUAUCGAUUCUUCGACGUCCAAGGCCAGCAUCAAUCUGCGUCGUCUGGCCAUUCCAUCUUCAAUAUUGCAGAGAUCGACGUUGCUAUGCAGCUGUUCAAUCGGCUGACCAAGGACUUCAAAAACUACGAUUUCGCAGGCAAAAUCGGUAUCAUCACACCAUACAAGAGCCAAUUGCGGGAACUCAAGAAUCGCUUCGCUCGGAAGUACGGAGAAGGCAUCUUCGACACGAUUGAGUUCAAUACUACAGACGCAUACCAAGGUCGAGAAAGCGAGAUCAUCAUCUUCUCCUGCGUCAGAGCCUCACCCAAAGGCAGCGUUGGAUUCUUGCAAGAUAUCCGGCGUAUGAACGUCGGCCUGACACGCGCGAAGUCGUCACUCUGGGUGCUUGGCAAUGCACAGAAUCUGAGCCGUGGCGAGUUCUGGAACAAGCUGCUGAAUGAUGCGCGGGCCAGGGAUAGAUACACUCAAGGUAACCUCACGGCGAUGCUGCAAAAGCCCUCAUCGUCGUUCCCAGCCAAAAAUAGCGCAGUGAAUGCGGGCGCAUACGGGCAACCAAGUACGCCCAUGAACGCAUCAACCGGCCCCUCUCGCAAUGCCAGCUAUGGGGGACAGGUGAAGCAGGAGACGCGAGCAGCCGGGUAUCCCUCGUACGGACAGGAGCACAGCGUCUCUCGGCAGCCCUCGUCAGGCAGUGUGCUUGGUUUGACAGCGGAGGCGGUCAAAAAGGACGUCGCAAUGAAGCUAGACUUCAGCGACGACGACGACGUAGAUAUGAAAGACAUAUCGUCGGCGGACGGCAACGCGUCCAGCAAAGGCAGUAGACGGUCCACACCAAGGCCGCAUUCGGGUGGCGCCCGCAACGGCCCGAAGAAAGAGGCUGUCCCUGCUGUCCCUGCGCCGAGCGCCCUGACUAAGGCCGGGGACGACAGCAGACGACAGCAAGCGACAGGCGGGCAGCCGAACCCAGCUCCACCUCCUCGACCGCGGAUCGCCGCCCCGAAGCGCAAAAGGGAGGUUGAUCCCUUUAUCAAAGUCGACCGCACGAAGAAGCCGAGGCCGGGUUGAGUGCGGACAAGCUCCUGGACAGCGCAGCGUUCGUGGACAGCAUCUCUCGACGCUUUCACGGCUGCAGAGGGGCCCUUGGUGCUGCUGUGUGUGAUGUCAAGCUCGGGAGUGGAGGGGUGCGAGUCAGCGGGCGGGUCAUAGGCAUGGGGUCCGGGCAUGGGGGGUGCACGGUAUUGCAC